CGUUUUCUUUCAGAUUGCAUUAAACGUCGUCGUUAGCUCGUAAAACAACCUUCUUCGUCUUUUCAGCUAAUGGCGAUCUUCGGAUGGCGGCAGAGAAGACGGCCACUCGACGGAGGAGUAACUCGCCGCCGUCGUUUCUUAAGGCCAUUGUAUUCGAGAAAAGUCAAGAGAAUAUUUCUAUUCGCUGUGGUCUUCUUAACUAUAGUCCCUCCUCUCUUCUUCCAUUUCAAACUCCGACGAAUUCGUCAGAUUGUGGCGCAAAAGUGCGAUUGGCUUCACCAUCCUCCACUUGUAUGUGCUCACGGCGGCGAUUCCACUCUCGCUUUCCCAAACACCAUGGAUGCUUACAGUCUCGCUAUACGUUCUCGAGUUGAUUGCAUCGAAGUCGAUGUUUCCCGUUCCUCCGAUGGUGUUUUAUUCGCUCUCCACAACAGGGAUCUGCAGCGUAUUGCUCGUAACUCUUCUGUUCAAGUGGGAGAUCUGACUAUGAAACAGAUCAAGGAACUCGAUGUCUCGGAGAUUGUUAAAGGCACCUCGGGAAAUCGUAGGAUUCCUACCCUUGAACAAGCUUUAACGUUGAUAUCAAGUUCAGUCCGGCAAGUGAUUCUUGAUGCGAAAGUUGGACCGCCAAUGUUUGAAAAGGGACUGGCACAAGACAUUCUUUCUGUUAUUGAGAGCGCACAGUGCAAGAAUUGCAUCGUAUGGGCCAAAAGUGACACUUUGGCUAGGGACAUAAUCAAGCAAGCACCAGAUACUACAGUGGGAUACAUUGUGAUGGUGGAUCAUUCAACUGGGGUGAGAAGCAACCUGCUAAGAAUGAAGGGUGCUAGGGUUGUGGGAGUCUAUCAUCCCUUGAUCGAUGAAGAAUUAGUCAGAGUCGUGCGUCGGAGAAACAAAGAUGUUUAUGCGUGGACUGUGGAUGAUGCUGAUUCUAUGAAAAGGAUGCUUAACUUAAGUGUGAAUGCUGUUGUUACGAGCGAUCCAUCUAUGUUUCAAGGUCUCAUGGAAGAUCUUAGAACUGAGUGUCUUGAAGAAGGCUUUUCAACACGGACAUGAAAAAACUAUUUCUGGUUCGAGCAGCAGAGAACUGAUAUUAGUUUCAUGUUAAGACACAAUAGUUAGUCUGAAAUCAACUUAGUUUUUUUCUACGAUUUACCAAACUCAGGCAUUCUUAAAUAUUGUAGUAGCUGUUUUGAUGCGAUUCAUCAAACUCAAGCAUUCUUAAUGAUUGUAGUAGAUGUUUCAGAUU